AUGACAAGACUACUCAGGCAAGAGAUUGUCGAGUUCUCGUCCGUCCUCGUCGACGCUGCUACCGGCCACCCCAAGUCCACCUUCCACAAGUAUGUCAUCCCGACAGAAAAUCAUGUGCUGAGCGAGUACUGCAAGAGUUACAACGGCAUCAAGCAGAAACAUGUGACACGAAGUAAGGGCGCCGUGACGCUGUCCGAGGCGCUGAAGAUGCACCAAGCCUGGAUAUAUCGAGGUUGUGGCGGUGGCCUGAACGUGAGCGUCGUGGUGACGUGGGGCAACUGGGACUGCCGCACGAUGCUGAAGCAGGAGUGCUUCCACAAGAACUUGCCCAUCCCUGACUACUUCGCCCAGUGGAUCAACCUCAAGACACCCUUCGCGGACAAGUACGGCAACGGCUACUGGAGGAAACCUGUGAAGGCGGCGUUGGAGGCUACGGAGGUGCUGGAAUGGGAGGGCGCCAUCAAAGGCGGGAGUAGCCACGCGCGCAACAAGGUGCGGCUUCUUUCAUUGCUCAUCCACCAGGGCGCCAACCUCGCCAUCACAAGCUGGCUCAACCCAGCUGCUGCACCUAAUAAUUAA